CGUGCGUAUACCGUGUGUAUAUGGAGAUCAGGGCUAACGAUAGACAUCACCGGAUAAUAAGUAAAAACUAAGUAAAGGAAAUAAUAUUUUCUAUGAGGAAUUGUAUUAUAGUCACAUAAAGUCCGGCAGAAAAUUUCUAUUAUGACAGUAGAUGAUAAAGAAAUAUCACCUGCUGAGGAUUCAGAAGAUCCCGUUGAUCGUAUGCUUAAAAAAACCGGCUGCAUUGAGUUGCACUACAAAGUUCAGGACUGCAUAGCAGAGACACAAGAUUGGAGACAAUGCCAGGAGCCUGUAAAACAAUUUAAAAAUUGUAUGUCUAAUUACGAAAAGAAAAGGCGUGAGAAAAACGCUGCGUAAUAAAUAGCUAUAGACUAAAAGCGCAGUUUUCUGUUCACCUGACACAAAUGAACAUGUCGUCGAUUCUGAGGAAGCUUAGGUCUAUCAUUGCUGUAAGCCCCCGAGCACUUCCGAUAAAUGGUUGCAAGAUGGCUAUUAUAGUCAGAUCUGACAUUCCCAUGUCCAAAGGAAAAACUGCAUCUCAAUGCGCUCAUGCUGCAUUAGAGUGUUAUCGUGCAGCUCGGGCAAACCAAAAUAAUAAAGCGAUGCUAAAGAUGUGGGAAUUGACCGGCCAGCCCAAAAUUGUUCUCAGGGUAUCGAGCCAAACUGAACUUAUGAACUUGGCUCAAAAAGCAAAGAAAGACGGUGUUAUUGCAGCAAUCAUUCAAGAUGCUGGGAGAACGCAGCUGGCUCCGGGAACAGUGUCAGUUCUCGGGCUCGGACCAGGUCCUAAAGAAGAUAUAGACCGAUUAACUUUGAACCUGAAAUUACUAUGAGCAAUGUUUUAUUUUGUUUGAAUUUUGUGAGAUUCAUAGUUUACUUCCCAUUCACACCUAAAAAUUCUCCACUGCAUGUGUACAUGUAUACUGCGUUUGUACAGGAAAAUAAACACGCUAGUAGUAUGGUUGUCAGGUAUUUCUACGUUCGAUUGAAAUUUUAUUUUUGGCAUCAUGCAUACCCUCAUUGUUAUGCGAGCCUGUAUUGCACACGUUCGUAUGCUUGUGUGGACUUUUAGUUCGGAUGAAAGCAGUAAAGGCAAACACACCAUGUAAAUCUGGAUCUAUUUCGAAAACAUUGCAAUUGGAAUAAUACAGCCACUAAAAAAUACUUACAAUAUGAAUAUUUCAAAAGGCAAUUAAAUCACAAACUCUUCCACUUCAUCAUCCAUUUAUUCAUCAAUUUAUAAAAAAAAACAGUUUUAUUAUACGCAGAACCUUUGUGAUGGUAUUUAUGUUAAGAUGAACUUUAAUUUGAACUUUACAUUAUAAAAAAAAAGUUACAUUUUAUGUGAAGUAUGCGAACUCGCGUAGCUAUCGUAUGUGGUACGUGCAGGUAGAGCAAGAGAAUAUAAAGAUUGUGCUGAAAACAAUUUGCAUGAAUUUGUUUUAAAUUUUUGUAUUUUUUUCUUAUGUACUUUUUGUCUCAUUCUUGGUCACUCUAAGUUAUAAAGAAAACAUAUUCUUGAACUAAGUUAUUUAUACUUGGGUAUCUAAGUUACGAUUAAAGGUAUGUAUAUAAAAUAACAUCAGUAGAAUAAAUUUAAAAAGUAUAUGUCUAAAGUUACAAAUUUUCGUACAACUAAUUUCCGGAUCAUUUAGUACACUUCAAUUGCGCGUCUCAUAUUUUU